UUUUUUCGGAAAAGGGGAAAAAAAUAAACGAAGGGAGCUGUGUGUGUGAGGCGCCGUCUCUUCCUUCCCCCUCCACUUUAUUUCUCUCUGUUGGGGGGUUUUUAACAGUCAUAUCCAUCGCCGGAGACUCAACGAUUCUUCUCGUCAGCGAUUUUUCGAUUGUCGAGGAGCAGAGACCAGCACGCUCACACUUAAAAAAAAGUCAAGCUGGAGUCUGAUAAAGUGAAACUAUGGAGCCCUAAUCCUCUUACCAUUUCUUUUUAAGUUUUCUAUGAGGUUAUGUUUGGAUGAUAGAGACAUUUUUGACUUUCUCUUACAAUGAGUACACGAAGAUCUGGCAUUUCCAAGCAUCAACGAGCUGAUAAAUUUUGUGGUGAAGGCCCUAAUUGGAUACUAAUUGCUGGGGGUGCCUUGUUGAGCACAUUGUCUAUUCGAUUUGGGUACAAGCUUAAGCAGUCACUUGAUUGGAAACCUCAAUCGAAUAGCUCUUCUGGGUUAAAAGCCAAUGGAGGAGCAUCUGAGAGGCAAAAAUCUACAAGCUGUUGCUUGCACUCUAACACGUUUUCCUGUGCACACAGUAAUGAUUGCUUCCGCUCCAUUCCAGGAAGUGAGAAUGUGGAGGGAAAAGAGGUGACAGACGAGCAAAUGGUAUCCGCAUCUGACACUUCACUGCCUCUUGUGACAGUUCCUGCUCCAUCAUUUAGCAAAGAGAAUGGAGUCAUGUGGGCUACUUCUCCUGAUCGCCUGGAACUUCCCCCAAAACCAUACAAUCACCAUUCGACGUGCUCAGAUUCUCCUUGCGUAUCUGAAACCAGCUCAGAUAUCUUCAGCAAACGGGAAGUUAUACAGAAACUGAGGCAACAGCUGAAGAGACGCGAUGACAUGAUACUGGAAAUGCAGGUACAGAUUCUAGAGCUGCAAAACUCGUAUAACGCGCAGACGGCACACUCUAGCCAUCUCCAGGAACAGCUAGACACAAUGAACAGAGACCUAUUUGAAUCAGAAAGAGAAGUUCAGAGACUGAGAAAGGCGAUAGCUGAUCACAGCGUGGGAUGCGGCGCAGGUAGCAAUGGCAAGACAUCUCCCGUUGCACCUUGGAGUGGCCAUGUGAACGGGUUUAUGGACAGCGAAAGCAACUAUGAGUCACAGGAAAAGGGAUCAAGGGAUGGAGAAAGAGUAGAGAUGUUGAAAAAGGAAGUGAGUGAGCUGAAAGAGGUUAUAGAAGGGAAGGAUUAUCUACUUAGAAGCUAUAAGGAGCAGAAGAUGGAGCUUACGCAGAAGAUAAAAGAGUUGCAACAGAGAUUGGACUCACAGGUCCCAAUCAUAUUGUAGUAGGUGGUAAGGUUAGGCAUUGUGCAUACUUGAGUCUUUUUUUUUUAUUUUCUCUAUUAUUUUCCUUUUUUUUCGAGAAAAUGAAUCUAUGUCCUAAGAUAAAAGAUGGUUGGAGAUAGAGAUUUUCAGGUUUCUUUCUGGCUUUAGCUUUCGUUUUUUUUGAAUUGUCUUGAUUCUUGGUUUUUUGGAGGGUCUUUUAUCUCUCGUUUGGUGUAAAGGAAAAUAGUUGUUGAAGAGUUUGCCGCGGGUAAUAGUUUCCUGCUUUUCCCUGGUUCUA